AUGCCAGCUCAAAACCUAGCACUGGAUUGCCAAGGCGAUGAGUCUCGUAUAUUUGACUGCACCAAUAGUCGCAGUGUUCCAAGACGUUGCCCUUAUUUCGACCUCGCCUAUAUUUCAUGUGAACCAGCAAGCUGUACGGAUGGGCAAGUGAGACUGGUGGAUGGAGUGACAGAUGUGGAGGGGAGGGUUGAGAUUUGCUUCAGUAGGAGAUGGGGGACCAUCAGUGGUGAUGGGUGGACUCAGACAGAGUCUACUGUCAUCUGUAAUAACCUCGGAUAUGAGGCCACUGGCAAUGACUAUUCAGUGAGGCCAGCCACAAACUCAAUGCCAGUGUUCAUAAAGACUGUCAGAUGUGCUGGUAGACAGCUGAGCCUCUUGGAAUGUGGCUUCAUAAGAAAUCUUACACACAGUGUCCACUUGGAAGACGUUGGAGUCAAAUGCAAAAAGUCUGAAUGUGAUGAUGGUGACCUGAGAUUGGUGGGAGGAGACUCAGAGAAUGAUGGGUUAUUGCAGGUGUGCUUCAGUGGGAGAUGGGGAACUGUCAAUGUAGAUGGAUGGACAGAUGUGGACACUCAAGUUACCUGCAGACAACUUGGAUUUAACAAUGCUGGGCUGUACUCAGCAAAUGCUGCCAGAAAGGCUCUCUCCACUCCAAUAUACAUGGACAAUGUUGGCUGCUAUGGAGCUGAAGCCAGACUCACCGACUGUGCCUAUUACAGAGACACCAGUGAAGACAGCCACUCUGGAGAUGUGUGGAUUGACUGCAGCAGCAGUGUUAACAGUAUUGAGUCCGACAACAACACAGCAACGGAUAGUGGUGAUAAUGUCACAGGCUUCAUUGUGGCUCUAGUUGCUUUAGUUAGCUUGGUUCUUUUGUCAAAUAUUGCAUUUGUUAGUUACAUUUCUGCUCAAAAGGAUUACACAAGAAAAUUAGAGUCUACUAUAAACAUUCUGCUCAAGGCAAAGGGGAAGCUAAUAUUAAUAUACCUGAUGAACCGGACUCCAAAGACUAUGAAAUUCCAAAGCCCACUGCAACUACACAAGAUGCUCACUAUGCUAAUCUGUCAUCUAGUGCACCAGCGAAACCUUCGGGCAUUUACCAGCCACUGAAAAUGAGCACACUAGAGAGGGAGAGUUGCUACACGGCUCCACAGAAAGCCAUCGGAGUAAAUGGCGGUGGUAAAGGGUAAAACCCUCCUCUACCAGUGUGUCAUUCUGGCAAUAGUGCUACCAACUACGCUAAUGCAAAACUAUUACACAUUAAUGAUUUAUUGUUGGUGAUUGAAUGAUUUAUGUCUUUUUUGUCUCUGUUGUAGCUAGCUAUCAUUCUGUUUUUGCA